AGAAAGAGAUACUUUGAUAUUUCGGAAUGUUAGAAGGGUGAAUGUGGAGAACUGGAGGUUGGGGAUCUAAUUACCGGGCCAUAAUUGGGGGCUAGGGAAUAGGUUGCCGUCCUCUCAACUCGCUGCAGAUCAAUUAUGUUAAGAGAACAUCUGUAAGUAGAACUUAAUGAGGUCCAUUAGAGCAACAUGCGCUGCCUUCCCUAACGGUGCUUGUCAGCUUCUUGGAUGAGCUGGAGUGUGCUGCUAACUAGGGACCUGGGGAAGGUGCUUAAAUAGGCAAGGAGACGUGCAGGUCGGCUCAGGUCUAUUUUGCUUUGCUGCCGGGGAGGGAACGAGACCGCGAGCAAAGAAACAGCCAUCGUGGGGAGAAGGAGGGGAAUCUUUUUAGAGCGGGAGCGAGGAGGAGUUGCAGGAGUGUUUUUAACCCGCUUGCCUGGAACUUGACAAGGGAACCGGCUAUAUUUGAGCUAUCAUCUCGUCUUAAUCUGCAACUUUUCAUCGGUAUACAAAUGCUCUCCGUCCAGCCGGACACCAAGCCAAAGGGCUGUGCCGGCUGCAACCGGAAAAUCAAGGACCGUUAUCUGCUGAAGGCCCUGGACAAGUACUGGCACGAAGACUGCCUCAAGUGCGCCUGCUGCGACUGUCGACUCGGCGAGGUGGGCUCCACGCUGUACACAAAAGCCAACCUCAUCCUCUGUCGGAGGGACUACCUAAGGUUGUUCGGUGUGACUGGGAACUGUGCGGCUUGCAGCAAACUCAUCCCAGCAUUUGAGAUGGUCAUGAGAGCCAAGGAGAACGUCUAUCACCUGGACUGCUUCGCCUGCCAGCUGUGUAACCAGAGGUUCUGCGUCGGAGACAAGUUCUUCCUGAAGAACAACAUGAUCCUGUGCCAGACAGACUACGAGGAAGGACUGAUGAAGGAGGGCUACGCGCCACAGGUCCGCUGACCACCCCACGACCUCGCUGCUCACAGAAGGGGAAAGAGCUGUGAGAGGUCUUGAAGGGGACAUGCAAUCAGACACAAAAAGCACUAGUGUCCUCUCCAGCCCAUGAACCUUGCAUUGUAUAUAUGAAGAGCCCAAAUAAGGGACUGUGUUCUGUACAAAUUAGCCAUAGAGACAUUUUUGGUAAGUGGAAGAAUCUUUCGAAGAUGGACCAAGUCUGUGGUUUGGUUUUAAUGACGCUGCCUAACGGCCUUAUGAAGACAAGACAUCUCAAAGGCCCAACUUUUGUGAACUUAAACACACACGAAGUCCACAUUGCAAUUCUAAGUCACUUGCUUUACAGGGUGAAGACCACAAUGUAAAAAAAAAGUUUUUUUUUGGCGAAUGAGUUUGCGAGAAGAAAAGGAGCCAUGUCAACAUAAGAUCUCAGGUUGAAUGGGUUUCCUCAUUGUCCUUUCGUUUUCAUUACAUUGUGUUUUAAUUACGUUUCCAGUGACAAGUUAUUUGGAAUAAAUACCAACAGCCAAUCAGAAGAUUUUUGAUGUUUAAUGUACAGUUACGAGAACCAAUGAGAUUUCAUAGUGGACGGAGCUACCCAGAACAAUGCCACAGAUAUAAACGCAAUGUCCUGGCUGUUUAGGAUACCUUUCGCAAAAUCGCACCUGGUUAAGGUGUUAGCUUUCUAACAGAUCUUUGGGCUUCAACAUGUGGUGUGAUUUCAUAAGUGACGUUUUGAAAAACUUCUUUCACCCGGUUUUAUACCUAAAAGACCCCACUGGUCAAAUGCAAACUCUUUGAACAUUUGGGUUUGGCACAUGUGUAAUGGGUUGGGAAAUGAUGGGUUUGUUGCUUUCUUCACUAUAUUUAUUUAAUAGGCUUUUCGUCAUUGCGCGUAACUCAAGGCUCUAUUCCUGACAUGUUUAUACCUGAACUGAAUCACCACUCAGUCGCCAAGCAUCUCCUCCAGACGUGAUGGAUGUCACCUCAUUUUUUUUUUUUGUGCAGCCCAUGUUGAUCAGCUGACACGGUCCUCUUUAAACACAAUCAGGUUGCAUAAACUUGGCAUUACUGGAGCAUGUGAAUACCUGGUUGGAGGAUUUGCCUUUACCGGGUUUUGUUUACUGUCAACUCAAGGCAACACACAAGCGCAAAUCACUACUGUAGCCUACUACAUUGAUAAUCCUUUCCUGGGCUAUGACUACCUUUGGAAACCGAGGACAUAGCCUAGAAAAUAUGAGGACAAACCUAAUUUGUAUAUGGUGGUUGUACAUAUUUUAAAAAACUUUUUUUUGCUUGCUGUUGUAUAUGGAUUUUCUUUUUAUGUGUUAUUCAGCAUGAGAUGUUUAUUUUUAGGACGUGUACAUACUGUACUGUAAUCAUUUUAAGCACAAAUGUAAUACAGUUUUAUUGUGUUA